GUCCAGAUAUGUACUAUGCACCGGAAUUUUUAAACGUUAAGAUAAAAACUUGUUUUGGUAAAGCAUACGUAGUACCAUUUCCAUUUAGUGUAGUAAUGUGUUAUGAUGAUGAUGAGAAUGUAAUUGUAUUAACACAGGAAUGGGAAAUUCAACGGUACGUGGAACAGAAUGAGAAUAAAGAAGUGAACAGAAGAAGAUUGGUUAGACAAAUGAUUAGAGCUUUGGAAGGAAAGAUUAUUAUUGGUCCUUGUGGUGAUAAAGGAGAAAAAAAUAAUUUUGAAGGAUACGAUAAAGAACCAAAGUCUGAAGUUCAUUAUCACUUAGGUCUUCUCCAAAUAAGACGUAAUCAAUUAUCAACAUGGAAUAAGCAUAAUAUGAAUUCCGGAUUCGAAGUCACCAUCAUGUAUACGAACGCAUUUCAUUCUGGUACUGAUCAUGAACGAACGGUUGGUCAUGAUAUCAUUGGAAUCACACAUGAUUUUCAGAUGACACCACAACUUGAACGAUUGUUUACAGAUAACUACAAGGUCGUGUCACAAGGUUUGGAACAGGUUCAAUCGAUAAUGCAACAAUAUAGAAACUACUAUAGAGAUGAAGCUAUUCAAAAAGAAGAAACUUUGACAUAUGGAUUCUUCAUAAAUAUAUAUAAUAAUCCUUCAAUACCAUUGGAGACACUACCUACUUUAUUAAUUACUACUGAAACAAAUCCACAAAUUCAAGAAAUACCAGUGACCGAUUAUCCAACACUCGUUUAUUUAUAUGAAAGAAUGAGAGUAGUGAAUUUAUCAAGAGCUCAUCAAUGGUGGUAUUUAUUUUGGGAAGAUCUCUGGAGAAAAAAUAAUCAAGAGAUUGAAGAAUUAAGAAAAUAUGCACAGGAUUUUUCACCUGCAUAUAGAACUAGCUUAUGUUAUAGACCGAUGGCUAGAUUAGAUCUGGAAAAGUUUUUGAAAAAUCGUGGAAUUUGGAAAAACGAUGGGCGAAAUGGGUUUUUACACAGUGGAGUUUUAAAUAGGAUUUAUUUGUAUUUGAAUAAUGUUGUAUUCGUACGGCAAUCCGGUUCUAAGUGGAACAAUAAAAGUGAAGGCGAAAUAGUGGUAGUGCCGAGAAAAUGGAGAUUAACAAAAGGAAACGUUAUUGAUGAUUAUAAUGAAUAUAAUACAUUACUUGGAAAAAUUAAAAGAAAUGUGAAGGAACGCGUGUUUAUGAUGAAUUAUUUAAUUAGACGUAAAACUAAGUUGUCAAGAACUAGAACGUUCUUUGUGUUAAGCGAAAACGAUAGUGAAGAAGAUACUGAUAACGAAAUUAAUAAUUCUAGUGAUAAUAAUGAUGAAAUUUAA